CCAGGGCGAAGAUGGGAAGCUGUUCACGACCCGGUGUGCUGCUGUGUUUUGUCCUUCAUUAAUCUCUCCUUUCGUCUCAUUUUUAGCCAUACUGGAUCGAUACUCCCAUAAGGGCAGACCUUCGGUAGCUUCUAUCUGACACGUAUCGACCCUUUACUGGAUAAAAUAACAAGCGAGGGGCUGGAAAAGCGGGGGAUCCGACUUGCCCUUCCUCUGCGCCCCUGUGCGCACAAGCAAAAGCAGAUCUUGUUGAAGCCUGCUGCGCAAGCCUGCUCCCCAAGACGCGCAAGAGGACGUGAAUGCGCACCGGCGAUCGCCGCUGAACUUCGCCACCUCUGACAGACCCUUGAGUCAUUUGGAUAUCGCUACAGUAUAGCCCGUCGCAAUCUGUGCUUAAACACACGCGUGGCAGGACGAUUUUGGAUUUAAACGCCAACAAGUGGAAUUGGAAAUGGGCUCUUUCACCGGGACCCUGAUCUGCGCUGACACGUGGAUUUGAUCAGUUUAAUGUUGCGGGAGACGUGGCGUUCAUAUCCCACUACAUAUGGUCAGUGGGUGCAGGUUUGAAGCCACCGACCCGCCGCUUCUCCACAGCGCGUCCUCGGCGGGGCUGGAGCGGACAGAGCUGGGGACGCUGAGGAAUGCGGAGCCGGGAUUUUGUCUUUUCCAGCUCACCUGCGGAACUCUUCGCAGCGCAAACCAAACCGACCGACGCAGCCGGUGAGCACGCGUGGCGCCAUGCUGAGACAGAUCCUCCUCAACUCCACCGACACCCCAGACUUCGACCUGGUGCUCAUGGCCCAGUCCUCCACGCACGCCCCCUCCUCCCUGAACGCCUCCCACGGCGGUUCGGUGAGCGUGGCCGCUCUCCUGAGACCCACCACGGGGCGAGGGGGAGGAGGGCUCCGGGAGGGCGAGCUCCACAAACCGGACCUGAUCACCUACAUAGUCAUGUGCCUACUGCUCUUCUUAUUGGUGCUGCUCAUUGUGUUCUUCAUCAACUGCCAGCUCCGGAACUCUUUCUUCGCCUCCAUGCCAUAUGACAGGUCGCUGAGAGAGGCCCGGACCUCCUACAAGUAGGCUAGACCCCCAGGAAAAAUCUCUGGGACUAUGGGUCUUUAGUGAGACUCUUGUGGGGAUUUAAAGGGACGGUUCACGCCAAAAUAAAAAAGUACGUAUUUUUCCUCUCACCUGUAGUGCUAUUUAUCAGUCUAUUCUGUUUUGGUGUGACUUGCCAGUGUUGGAGAUAUCAGCUCUAGAGAUGUCUUCCUCCUCUU